AUGGCCAGGAAAGCCUUCUCAGCCACUCUUUCUUGGCACAGGUGAAUUUGCCGUUUGUGAGACCUGCAGGCUUGGUCGUGGCAAAUGCAGGAAGAUUUGCCUGGAGGGUGAGAAGAUUUAUGGAAACUGCAGAUUGAACUUUUUCUGUUGCCGACCCAAGAUCCUGAGAUAG